UGAUCCGCUGGUCGGAAAUUUAGAGAGUUUGUGAGAAGUAAAAAUGGGUAUGUGAAUAGUCCAACCUUCGUAUAUAAUUAUUUAAGUGUCUGGAUACACAGCCUUAUAGCGUAAUUGUGCAAUCGUCAAGUCCACUCGACCUGGGUUCGAUUCCCGCCCUCUUUCUCUUUUUUCCCCAAUUUUUAUUUUUCGUCCUUCUUCUCCGUCGAGAAAGCCAUGGAUAACGACGAUCCCUCUCACCGUCGCAGAAGGCCUAGGUUCAUUCCCAGAGUCCAGCCACGCAAGAAGCUUGGACCAACUGCCCCCACUCCCGACGUCGGCGACGGCGGCGAUGGUGGUCAAGAAACUCGCCAGGCCCAGACUCUGCUGAGUCAGCACAAUGAGAGAAGACGGGGAGUCGAAAAGAAAUCUACACUGCAAGUUGCGUUUGGUCCUGGAGGAGCAGGUGCGUCCUCAACUUCUAUCAGAACAUUUGGAGCUGUAAAGGACGGCAAUGAUGGUAAAAGCGGCAGUGUAGUUCUCAAAGACUCUGAUGAUGAAGAGCAAAACCUCUCAACUUUUCCUUCAGCCUCUACUGAAGCUGAAACGGAUGUAACCAUGGAAGAUGCUAUCGAUCCAGAAGCAGAACCACUUCAGACUGUCAAGAAUACAGAAUUUUGGGAUUAUGAGAACACAUACUAUCCUACUACUCUCCCUCUCAGGCAACCCAACUCUGGAGACCCAGAAAUCCUUAAUGAGAGUGAAUUUGGGGAGGAUGCUGAAAAAGAGUAUGAUGAGAGCACUAUAAAUCCUGCUUCAGAACUCGGGCUGCUGGAGGAAAAAGAGAAAGCGAAGUUGUUAUUCAUUCAACUUCCUUCCAUUUUGCCAUUGACAUCAAACCCAGCGGCCACUGCCACGGGCAAAGAGAAAGCUGGAAGCUCAACAUCACUGGAGAGCACAGGUGCUCCAAAGAAGGGAUGCAGUUUGGAAGAGUUGCCUGCCGGAUUUAUGGGUAAAAUGCUAGUUUACAAGAGCGGAAAAGUCAAGCUGAGGCUAGGAGAUACCUUCUAUGAUGUUGCACCUGGUUCAGAUAGCAAGUCUAAUCAAGAUGUUGUGGUAGCCAACACUGUAGAGAAGAAAUGCACCGUUCUCAGAGAGCUACGCGAGCGAGCUGUUGUAAUUCCUGAUGUGGAUUCCCUCCUAAAUGUGAUUAACAGGAAUUGAAUGCAGGGAUGUUACAAAAAUUAGGUGCAUUUUGAGGUGUAAUGGGGGAAUUAUGCACAUGAAAAAGCUGGAAAUGGUGGAUAUGUAGAGGAAAAUCUUGAGGAGUAAAUAUGUUGCUAGAAUUACUGAAGACUGAAGGUGCCAAGUGUAAUGAAAUGUAAGCGGUUGUAGGUAAAAAUUAGUAGGUCAGACAGAAAAAUUCAUCCGGUUAAACAGUUUUACUGACUCCAUGUGGUUAAACAGUUACUGUUUGAAGUUUUUUCAAGUGAAUCCAUCUCUUUCAGGAUAACUUUUUUCUUUUUA